AUGUCGACCACCGACCCCUUCGUUCUAGCUUGGAAUUCGAUUCGGUACCAUACUUCAAAUAUGAUGGAUCAAGCCGAUAAACACUUUGAUUCUAUGGCUACGACUAUUCGUCAAAAGGCGAAUGAUACAUCAUGGCUUCCACAGUUUCCUCACCGAAAGUCUCCACCUCCUCCACCACCUGCCGCUCCUAUGAUUAUUAGAGAUAAUGGGAAGGGAUUAGGCGUAGUUUGGACGUGGGUUAAGGAACAUAAAUGGCUUGUGGCUGGGUUGGUGGUUGUGGUUGUUGGUGGAGGGGUUUUGGUGGUUAAAAGGAAGAGACAGAGGGUUAGGAGGAGGAAGGCGUUGAAGGCAGCGAAUGGAGCUAGGAAGGAGGUUGUUGUUAUUCAUGGACAACCGCAUGAUCCGAUUGUAAAAUCUACGGCUCAUGAUUUGGAGAGACGAGGGUUUGUGGUUUAUAUUGCGGUUUCAUCGCAUGAGGAUGAGCAAGUUGUGUUAGCGGAGGGGAAGACGAAUAUUAAACCGCUUCAGAUUGAUAUUCUUGAUACCCUCUCUGCCCGCGCGUCUAUCUCUCGAUUUUCGUCAUAUCUCAAAUCACCUGUCGUUCCGUUCCAAGGCGCACCACCCCAUCAUCUGAAAUUUACAGCAUUGAUUCUUAUCCCGGAUUCAAACUUCCCGUCUGGUCCGAUCGAAACGAUACCCUUGGAUCACUGGUCCGAUACAUUCAAUCUCAAGAUCAUCCAAACCUUGGCGAUAACACAGUUAUUCCUUCCUAUUGUCACAGAAUCCAGAGCUCGAGUACUAUUUGUUACACCGGGUAUAGGCUAUAGCCUACGAUUACCCUUCCAUGCCCCCGAAGUCGCGGCAGUAGGAGCGUUAGAAGGUGUAAUCGGCUGUCUAAGACGUGAAGUCAGUCCGGCAGGUGUACAAGUCGGAUGGAUCAAAGUGGGAACUCUAGAUCUUGGCACCAUAACGGAAAAGAAGGGAAACAAAGAAUCUGCAACACGAGCGGAUGUUCUUAGCUGGAGUCCAGCUGUAAGGAGUAUUUACGCAAGAGGGUAUGUUUGUUCGAAAGCUGUGGGGGAUGGAGUUAGGGGAAGUAGUUUGAAGGAGGUGAAUGCGGCUAUUGUGGCCGGGAUGUUGGAUAAGAGGGUGAAGAAGAUCAUGAGGGUAGGGAGUGGGAGUGUGGCAUAUGAUUUUAUCGGAAGGUGGGUACCUGAGGGGGUUGUGGGAUGGAUGUUGGGGCUUAGAGGUGGGAGGAGGGUGACUGAGAAUGUUAGAGGAAUCUCACCGGGGAGUCGAGGCAGCAGCUCACAUUCUUUGGAGAGCAGCGUGGAGUGGGAGAGGGUUGAUAAAUAA